AUGGGGUGUUGUGAAUCGUCUUUCUUGAAUGAACCUCUUUCAGAGAAGGAACAACGCUGCGGCCAGACCCAUUCGCAUCCGUCAAAUGGUGCAGCUACUGGUGGCGCCGCCGGAGGAGACGAAGUCCCUGGCGGUGUACCGGCCUUCUCCGAGUUUUCACUUGCCGAUCUUAAAGCGGCUACCAACAACUUCAGCUCCGACUUCAUUGUCAAUGAGAGCGGCGAAAAAGCCCCAAACACGGUCUACAAGGGGCGUCUACAGAAUCGCAGGUGGAUCGCUGUCAAAAAAUUUUCUAAAAUGGCCUGGCCUGAUCCUAAACAGUUCGCGGAUGAAGCAUGGGGGGUUGGGAAGCUGAGACAUAAGAGGCUUGCGAAUUUGAUUGGAUAUUGCUCUGACGGUGAUGAGAGGUUGCUUGUUGCUGAUUAUAUGCCCAAUGAUACACUCGUGAAACAUCUAUUCCACUGGGAGAAUCAAACCAUCGAGUGGGCUAUGCGUUUAAGAGUUGCUUUGUAUAUUGCAGAAGCAUUGGAUUAUUGUAGAACUGAAGGUCGUCCAUUGUAUCAUGAUUUGAAUGCUUACAGGGUUCUCUUCGAUGAGAAUGGUGAUCCUAGGCUUUCAUGUUUUGGCUUGAUGAAAAAUAGCAGGGAUGGCAAAAGUUAUAGCACAAAUCUUGCAUAUACACCUCCUGAGUAUUUAAGAAAUGGGGAGAAUCAAACCAUCGAGUGGGCUAUGCGUUUAAGAGUUGCUUUGUAUAUUGCAGAAGCAUUGGAUUAUUGUAGAACUGAAGGUCGUCCAUUGUAUCAUGAUUUGAAUGCUUACAGGGUUCUCUUCGAUGAGAAUGGUGAUCCUAGGCUUUCAUGUUUUGGCUUGAUGAAAAAUAGCAGGGAUGGCAAAAGUUAUAGCACAAAUCUUGCAUAUACACCUCCUGAGUAUUUAAGAAAUGGGAGGGUUACUCCGGAAAGUGUUAGCUUCAGUUUUGGUACCGUCCUUUUGGAUCUUCUAAGUGGAAAGCAUAUCCCUCCAGGCCAUCACCAUUUCCCAAGUCACUGGGAAUAUGUCUUGCAUUCAGGCUCUUCUUGUUCCUUGGCACCUUCAGUUUACCUAAAGGAGCUAGGGAAGAUGGUUCCAUCUUAUGUGAUGCUGGGGAUUCCAAAGCAUGAGGAAGCACCACCUACUCCACAACAUCAUCUUUCUGCAAUGGGUGAUGCCUGUUCCCGAAUGGACCUAACUGCUAUCCAUCAGAUUUUGGUGAGGACACACUACAAAGAGGACGAGGGAACCAAUGAGUUAUCUUUCCAAGAGUGGACACAGCAAAUGAGAGAUAUGUUGGAGGCAAGGAAACGUGGGGACUUGGCAUUUCGUGAUAAAGACUUUAAAAUUGCCAUUGAUUGUUACUCUCAGUUUUUGGAUGUGGGCACCAUGGUUUCGCCAACUGUUUAUGCACGGCGUAGUCUCUGUCAUCUCAUGUGUGAUCAACCAGAUGCUGCUCUCCGAGACGCAAUGCAAGCACAAUGUGUCUAUCCAGAUUGGUCCACUGCGUUUUAUAUGCAGGCAGUUGCUCUUUCCAAGCUAGACAUGCACCAGGAUGCAACUGAUAUGUUGAAUGAUGCUGGUGCACUAGAAAAGAAGAGGCAACGAGGUGGGAGAGGACCAUGA